ACAGGAAGAUGCCUGGGUGGGGCAAAGAGAGGGAGAGAACAUCUCUGUACAGAUAGGUUUAUGAACAAAGCUACAUAUAUCCUUUGCUAUAAACCCAACGUUGAAUUGCAUUGAAUUCAUUAUACUGUAUGUCGGGCAGAGAUGAGCGUUUGACUCAGGAAUGUUUCCUUUCACGACCUCUACAAGCCGAAACGUGAAAUGAAAUAACCGGGUGGACCUUUUGGCGGUAGGAAUGUGAGACAAUAUAUCCACCGGAAAGUACAAUUACAUCAUGUGCACAAGAUGAAAUACAUGCACUAGCACAUGCUUCAGGUGAUAGAAAUCUGAACACACUACCAGCACUUUGAAAUGUCGAAGAAAUGAUACUUUUUUUUAUGGAUAUAUUAUCUCAAAUUCCGAUCGCCAAAAGGAACAACCGCACGGGCAACUGGUAAAAUCGGUGUGUGGACACAGGUCUGUCUCUGUCUCUGGGCAGCAGUGUAAUGGCCGAGCCGGACUAUCUGGAGGGGGACUGUGAGGAGCUGAUCAAACCCAAGAAACUGUUGAACCCAGUCAAGGGCUCCAGAAACCACCAGGACCUCCAUCGAGAACUCAUGAUGAACCAAAAGAGGGGCCUAGCUCCCCAGAACAAACCAGAGCUCCAGAAGGUUCUGGAGAAGAGGAAGAGAGAGCAGGUCCUCAAGGCCCAGAGGGAGGAGCAGGAGGCCCACACCAAGAGGAGCGACCUGGAGAUAGAGCUCAUGAAGAGACAACAGAAACUAGAACAGCUUGAGUUGGACCAGCAGAAGGAUGAGGAGGAGCAGGAGAACACCCCUGAGUUUGUGAAGAUGAAGAGCAACCUGAGAAGGACCAAGCAGGAGGCCAAUGGGGAGGAACUUACCACUUAGGGAGCCACGGGUGGUGUGUUUGUGUGUGUGGAAAAAUAGAAAGCAACUGUGUACUGUACAUAGAGGAAUGUUUGUGCAUAUGUGAGUGUGUAUGCCUGUGUGCAGAUUCAAUGGCACAUUUUAUCUGAUAUGGACUUCCUGAUUUAUCUGACCCUGUUGAGAAAGACUUAAAGACUACAGACCAAUUUGUCUGCCCACUACAGACCAGCAGUACUACAUACCUCUUUGUCUGUCCACUACAGUACUCCCCUCACCACAGUACUCGCCUCACCACAGUACUCGCCUCACCUCAGCCAGAGAGGAGACUUAGCCACCUGUACUCACCUCAGCCUCUCCACUCAACACACGGACGGAGAGGAGACUUAACAUGAACGUGCUACACGUGAAGAACAGCCAGUCAAUCUUCUGGGGAGAUCUGAUGCAGGGACCAACAGAACCAACACAAUAGAGUUUCCAUUCCCUCUGUCUCCUGUCUUCCCCUCUGUCUCCUGUCUUCCCCUCUGUCUCCUGUCUCCCCCUCUGUCUCCUAUCUUCCCCUCUGUCUCCGCCUCUGUCUCCUGUCUUCCCCUCUGUCUCCUGUCUUCCCCUCUGUCUCCUGUCUACCCCCUGUCUCCUGUCUUCCCCUCUGUCUCCUGUCUUCCCCUCUGUCUCCUGUCUUCCCCUCUGUCUCCUGUCUUCCCCUCUGUCUCCUGUCUUCCCCUCUGUCUCCUGUCUCCCCCUCUGUCUCCUAUCUUCCCCUCUGUCUCCGCCUCUGUCUCCUGUCUUCCCCUCUGUCUCCUGUCUUCCCCUCUGUCUCCUGUCUACCCCCUGUCUCCUGUCUUCCCCUCUGUCUCCUGUCUUCCCCUCUGUCUCCUGUCUUCCCCUCUGUCUCCUGUCUUCCCCUCUGUCUCCUGUCUCCCCCUCUGUCUCCUAUCUUCCCCUCUGUCUCCGCCUCUGUCUCCUGUCUUCCCCUCUGUCUCCUGUCUUCCCCUCUGUCUCCUGUCUUCCCCUCUGUCUCCUGUCUCCCCCUCUGUCUCCUGUCUUCCCCUCUGUCUCCUGUCUCCCCCUCUGUCUCCUGUCUUCCCCUCUGUCUCCUGUCUUCCCCUCUGUCUCCUGUCCACCCUUCUCUCCAGCCACAGAAAGCUCUUCUUUAUGUUGUUGUUUUCAUUAUCAGAACCCAGAAUGGAAAAGCGGACACUGGAUGGACUCUUCAAGCUGUGUUUUGUAAAAAUGCCAAAUUAAUGUACUGUUGUUAUUUAUGUUUAUGUUUGUAGUAUUUUAGCCCCAUGUAGGGAGAUAUAGACAUCUCAGAUUAGUUUUACAGCUCAUUGUGUGGUGCAUGAACAGAGGGAUAUACUACAAAGCAGGAUCAAUGAGUCAGCCAGCUAACUUUGAAUAACAACCAGAAAUAACUUUUAGAUAUGUGUUUUUGGUCGUUAAGUCAAUUAGAGCAUGCCAUUUCAAAAUUAUAUAAAAAGUAAGUUAUUUCAGAAUAUUUGGGCAAGUUAGCUGGCCAAGUCAUUGAUCCUACUUUGUAGUAUAUCCCUCAGGAGAGGACAAGUGUGUGGUUGUGUGAAAAAAACACCCAGAUAGUUUUUUUUAUUUUAAACAUGCCACUUCUUCAGCUAAUGCUCUUUGAAGCAAUACUAGAACUCCCCAAAGUGUGCAAGUAGUCUUUUAUUUCUAUAAUUAUAAUAAAUAGAUUUUUUUUAAUGAAUAAAGGGGAUAUUAAAUUAGUCUUAUUUUGGAUGUGAGGUCGGCAGAGAUGAUGUCAUGUACCAGGAAGUAAGUGGACAUGGGAGCCAACUUUUCCAAUAAUUGCAUUUGGUUCUAUGCUUCGUUUAUGUGCUUCCCUGAAUCUCUGGGUAAGAUUGUAAGACAAUCCUCUCCUCUGUCCCUCUGCAGAUUUAACAUCUUAUUUUAAAUAAAUAUAAUUUAACUGCU